AAAUCCGCCAGGGCCCGGUGCCAUUGCAUUGCCCCGAAGGCCAACUGGCCAAGGCACCCGCGCCGCGGUCGCUACUCGCUGCUCGCCAUACCCGGCUCCGUCCGUUCCAAGUUCUCGGCGUUUGAUCGGCUGGGUAACCCGCCGCCUCCUCAGCCUGCGCCCUGCAGCCACCGCCGCCGCGCCGCACGCCCGCGCCUCACAAAACUUCCCGUGCCUCCCCGCCGGUGCCGCAACCCCUCUCGCGGCCACGAGCACGGGCAUUAUCUCCGCGCCACGAUCCCAUCGGAACCAGACACGCCCGGCCGCGAGCCGCACCCUGCCCACCAAGCUCCGAUGGACUCGGCGGCGUCGGCGGCUCUGAAGCCCUCGGCGCUGGACCUGCUAGCGGCACUGCUGACGGGGCGGGACCCCGAAGGCGGGGCGCACUGGGCGUCCGCGCUCGCCGAGAAUCGACACCUCUUCCUGCUGCUCACCACCUCUCUCGCCGUGCUAGUCGGCUGCGGCGUUGCCCUGCUCGUCCGCCGCUCCUCCGCGCCUCGGGCGGCCGCGGCCGCGGCACAGGCGCCGCCGCGCCCGCUCGCCGUGAAGCCCAAGGACGAGCCGGACCCCGACGACGGCAGGCAGAGGGUCAUUGUCUUCUUCGGCACGCAGACCGGCACCGCUGAGGGCUUUGCCAAGGCGCUCGCCGAAGAGGCCAAGGCGAGGUACGACAAGGCUGUCUUCAAGGUGGUCGAUCUGGAAGAUUACGCCGCUGAGGAUGAGGAAUACGAGGAGAAGCUUAAGAAGGAGAGCAUCGCAUUGUUCUUCCUGGCAACUUAUGGCGAUGGAGAGCCAACUGACAAUGCAGCGAGGUUUUAUAAAUGGUUCUCAGAGGGUAAUGAGAGAGGCGAGUGGUUGAAUAAUCUUCGGUUUGGGGUGUUUGGCCUCGGAAAUAGACAGUAUGAGCACUUUAACAAGGUUGGAAAGGUGGUUGAUCAACUCCUCGCAGAACAAGGUGCCAAACGUAUCGUUCCUGUUGGUCUUGGAGAUGAUGAUCAAUGCAUUGAGGAUGACUUUAACGCAUGGAAGGAACUUCUAUGGCCAGAAUUGGAUAAAUUGCUCCGCCAGGAAGAUGAUUCUUCAACUGCACCAACUCCUUACACAGCUGCUAUCCCAGAAUAUAGAGUUGUGUUUGUCAAACCAGAGGAUGACAUGUACAUUAACAAGUCUUUUGCUCUCAGUAAUGGCCAUACUGUUUAUGACAUUCAACAUCCUUGCAGAGCAAAUGUGGCUGUUCGGCGAGAGCUUCAUACACCAGCUUCUGACCGAUCCUGCAUUCAUUUAGAGUUUGAUAUUGCUGGAACUGGCCUAAAAUAUGAAACUGGAGAUCAUGUUGGUGUCUAUGCUGAAAAUUGCAUCGAAACUGUUGAAGAGGCAGAAAAACUGCUAGGUUAUUCACCAGAUACUUUAUUCUCUAUUUAUGCUGACCAAGAGGAUGGUACCCCGCUCUGUGGGGGUUCUUUGCCACCUCCUUUCCCGUCCCCUUGCACAGUGAGGACUGCGCUUACGAGAUAUGCAGAUCUUUUGAAUUCGCCUAAGAAGAGUGCUUUACUGGCGCUGGCUGCUCAUGCAUCUGAUUCUAAAGAGGCUGAGCGGCUUAGACAUCUCGCGUCUCCUGCUGGAAAGAAGGAGUAUUCACAAUGGAUAGUCACAAGCCAAAGAAGUCUCUUGGAAGUUAUGUCAGAGUUCCCAUCAGCAAAGCCUCCACUUGGUGUUUUCUUUGCAGCUAUUUGUCCUCGCCUGCAGCCAAGAUACUACUCAAUAUCUUCCUCACCGAGAAUAGCACCAACAAGGAUUCAUGUGACAUGUGCACUAGUAUAUGGGCCAACCCCUACCGGAAGAAUUCACAAAGGAGUCUGUUCUACUUGGAUGAAGCAUUCGACUCCCUUGGAAGAUAGCAAAGACUGCAGCUGGGCUCCAAUUUUUGUUAGGCAAUCAAACUUCAAACUGCCUGCUGAUCCUACUGUGCCCAUUAUAAUGAUUGGCCCUGGGACUGGUCUGGCACCUUUCAGGGGCUUCUUACAGGAACGACUAGCUUUAAAACAGGCAGAGGUGGAACUGGGCCAUGCUGUCCUCUUCUUUGGGUGCAGAAAUCGGAAGAUGGACUUCAUAUACGAGGAUGAGCUCAAUAAUUUUGUUGAUGCCGGUGCCCUCUCUGAGUUGAUCGUAGCCUUUUCUCGUGAGGGUCCUACAAAAGAGUAUGUUCAGCACAAAAUGGCGCAAAAGGCUGCCGAGCUUUGGAGCAUCAUUUCUCAGGGCGGCUACAUUUAUGUUUGCGGUGACGCAAAAGGCAUGGCUAGAGAUGUCCAUCGCACGCUACAUACCAUCGUCCAGGAGCAGGGGUCUAUGGACAACAACUCCAAGGCAGAAAGCUACGUGAAGAGCCUGCAGAUGGAAGGGAGAUACUUGAGAGAUGUUUGGUGACGUAUGCCAAAGAAACGUGGACCCUGUCCGUCGUAGUUGCCGGCGAAUACAAACCUAAAUCAACGUCGUGGAGGAAAAUUAGAUGCACCGGCUGGGGUAUGAUUAGUAGGAAUUUUUACAUGAUCUGUUCGAUGGGAAACAUAUAUACUAGUGAUAUGGUUCUAUUUUUUUAAAAAAAUAAAGAAGAAAAGAAACAGAGGUUUCCCCGCUUUAUAUAGUUAUAUUUAUUUAAAAGUGACAUAGCCAGUCACCUAGUGAUGGUAGAGUAUCAGGCGCCAGCAGGCAGCAGCGGUGCAGGUGCUUAUGUAUGUUCGUUCUGGAAAUCAUCGUUGUGAUUUCUGGCGCUAAGGCUAUAGUGAAUAAAACAGCCAUUGGCUCAUCA